AUGAAAGUGUUCAUCGUAUUGACGGCAGUCGCCGCCAUAGCCAGUGCCCAAUUCAAAUGCCCCAACAAAGAUGGCCAAUACGAGGACGAAAGACAGUGCGAUAAGUUCUACGAGUGCGUAGAUGGCGUAGCCACAACCAAAAUUUGCCCCGACGGCCUGGUCUUCGACCCAACCAUCAGGAAGAUCAACAAGUGUGACCAACCCUUCAACGUUGACUGCGGAGACAGGACCGAGCUGCAACCGCCUAAGCCCAACGAACGUUGCCCCCGCCGCAACGGUUUCUUCGCCCACCCCGACCCAACUGUUUGCAACAUCUUCUACAACUGCAUUGAGGGUGAAGCCACCGAGGUUAAAUGCACAGCUGGACUCCACUUUGACGAGUACUCCGGAACCUGCGUCUGGCCCGAUUCUGCUGGCAGACAAGGUUGCCAGGUUCAAGAGAAAAAAACCAAGGAUGGAUUCGAGUGCCCUAAGGAGGCACCAAUUGAUCCUCAAGGCCAGCCAAUCGCCCACCCCAAGUUCCCCCACCCGAAUGACUGCCAGCGCUUCUACGUUUGCUUGAACGGCGUCGAGCCAAGGGACCUUGGAUGCCAAGUUGGAGAGGUGUACAACGAGGAAUCGCAGAAAUGCGACGCCCCUGAGAAUGUUCGAGGCUGCGAGGAUUGGUAUAAGGACUCCGAGGACGCAGCACCGGCGCCUAAAGCGAGGUCU